AUGUCCCAACAAAUUCCUCAAUUCACUCUUAAAGAUUACGGUGCUUUUGCCCUUGCUGGUGCUGCUGGGUGUGGUGUCACUCACGGUGCUAUGACUCCUAUUGAUGUCAUUAAGACCAGAAUUCAAUUGGAACCUACUGUUUACAACAAGGGUAUGGUUGGAUCUUUCAAGCAAAUCGUCUCCACCGAAGGUGCUGGCGCCUUGUUGACUGGGUUGGGUCCAACUGUCCUUGGUUACUCUAUGCAAGGUGCUUUCAAAUUUGGUGGUUACGAAUUAUUCAAGACCAUCUUUGUUACAAACUUGGGUUUGGACACCGCUAAGCAAUACAAGAACUCUGUUUACAUUGGUUCUGCUGCUCUUGCUGAAUUCUUUGCCGAUAUUGCCUUGUGUCCUUUAGAAGCUACCAGAAUUAGAUUGGUUUCUCAACCUACUUUCGCUAACGGUUUGAUUGGUGGUUUCGCUAGAAUCUUGAAGGAAGAAGGUGUCGGUUCUUUCUACAAUGGUUUCACUCCUAUCUUGUUUAAGCAAAUUCCUUACAACAUUGCCAAGUUCUUGGUUUUUGAAAGAGCUGCUGAAGCUAUCUACAAGGCUAUCCCAACACCAAAGAAUGAAUUGAGCUCCGGUGCUAACACUGCUGUUCUUUUGGGUUCCGGUGUUAUUGCUGGAUGUGCUGCUGCUAUUGUUUCUCAACCUGCUGACACUUUGUUGUCUAAGGUUAACAAGACUAAGAAGGCUCCAGGUCAAUCCACUCUUGGUUUGUUGGCUCAAUUAGCCAAGCAAUUGGGUAUCAAGGGUUCUUUCACCGGUUUGCCAACCAGAUUGGUUAUGGUUGGUACCUUGACCUCCUUGCAAUUCACCAUCUACGGUACCUUGAAGCAAUUCUUUGGUUGUCCAAAGGCCGUUGAAUUGUAA